UCAGGAUUUCGUUUGGAACUCCCCACAAGUUCAUCAGCCACAUUUUUAGCUCUUACUAGUUGUUCACACGCAGCCAGUGUGCUGUGCACGCGAGCUCGUGGAGUACUCCCUCACACACACACACACACACACACCUGUACACGCCUCACUUUAAAGCUGGACAUUUAAAUCAUUUUGUUCCUCUGGUGUUUCAGAUGUUACAGUAACUGUGUUGGAAAAUAUCGCGGUCUGGCAGCCACACAAGCAAGAUUCAGGUGCUCCUCUGAUGUUCUCCAUGAUGUGAUGGAGUGACUUAUCAAGCAUCAGCCUUCAAGUUACCCACAGUGAUGCUCUUGACACUUUCAGUGAACCAGGCGAUCUGAGACUCAUCUGUUAGCAUCACUUACUCCGAAGCCAUUCAUCAUGAUUGACCUGAGUUAUCUGACAGAGGAAGAGCAAGAGAUGAUCCUGGCAGUGCUGAAGAGAGAUGCAGAGCUUAAGAAGUUGGAAGAACAGAGGAUCAAGCAGCUUCGUAAGAACGAGCGAGACAGAAGCAGGCUGAAGUACUUGACAGGGGAGUGGUUUUAUGAGACAAAGAAUCACAGACACAGAGACAGGAUCCAUGGCACCGACAUCAUCAGAGCAUCCAUGAGACAGAAGAAACCCGUGACGAUAUUGGAGCUCUCUCAGAGAUGGUCUGAGAAACCCAGUUGUGUUUAUGGUGAGAAGAAAGAUGUGUACAUCCCUCCAGAGCUUUUAGGACUCAUUGAGGAUCCGUCCACACAAUCACACAAUGAGAGGGUGGAAGAUGAGUUGUCGGAAGCCCAACAGGAAAGACAGAGACCUCAAAUCAAGCCAAGGCAGAAUCCAUUUAAUAGUGUGAGAUCACAAAGAGAUGAAGCCAGACUUAUUAAUGGAGUGAAGGAGGCUGACCAGACACCUGCUGAGGAACCUUUCCUUCCAGCUGACAACUACACACUCCAUCACACUACUCUAAACACAUACAACACUGACACCCAUAUAGUCACACAAUGCAAACCUGUGCCAAAAAAGAGAUUGCUGCUGUAUUCCUGCAAGGACUCUUCCCUGGACACUGUCAGCAGUGACAAUGGAGUUAAACAGGUCAUAACCCCUGCUCCCAGAGGCAUUCUGAAGAACAACAUCUCCAGCUGUAGCUCUACUGUCUCCCUGCAUCUCCACAUUCCUAUCAAUGACGACAGUAGCAGCAGUCAGUCGUCAGCUACGGUCAGCCCUGUCAGUCCUGAAACUCCCAUCAGCCCUCCUCUUUCCCCCUGCUCAGUGCACUCUGCCUCAGGGUGGUUAGAUAGGAAACAGGUCCACUUCUCCUCAGUUGUUGGGCCCAUAGAGAGAGUGCAAGGAGAGCACAGUGUGCUGGAAGAAGACUGGAGUCCUCUGUCGGACCAGGAUAGAAGCCAUAUCACAGACAAUGGUUAUCAUGAGGUUUAUGGUGAGCCUCAGUCCUCACAGGUGUCCAACUUCCACGACUCUAGUGAAGUAACAGGUAAGGCCAUUGGGUUAAGUGCAGAGGGCCAGACUGAUAAGCUUACAGUGGAAGAGGGUCGUUCAUUUUCUAAGGUACUUGAAUGGUUUGGGAGAGGUUCUCGAGAUGGAAAGCUGAAGGAGUCGCCAGUUAAGAGAGAGGGGAAUGAGGAGGAACCAAAAGAUCAUGAAAACCCAGAAGCCAAGUCAGAAGAUUUAGUGCCUCCAGUUGUACAGCCAAAGACCAAGCCACCACCAAAGCCACGUAGGGGGCUUUUUGCAUUGUUUUCGAGAGCAGAGAAAAAAGACAAGUGUUCUGAAGUUCAAGGAUCUGACAAAGAAGAGAUAAGUCAAGAUAAACCAGAAAGUUCAGAAUAUAAAACAUCUUGCACUUUGAGACCUGAAGAUGAUAAUAUACUUCCACAGACCUCUGUUUCUACAAACAGCAAGACUGCAGAAAUACUGCAGGAAAAAACAGACAAAACAGACAAACCAAUAUGCAAAGAUCCUCCACAAAGAGAGACGUUUGACCGAGGUGAAAUAUCACCAGGAAGACUUGCCAACCUGAAGUCAUUCUGGGGAAAAGGGAACAGAGGACCUAAAAUACUAAGCAUCAAAAAAGAAGCUGAGGUAGAAGAAAGUGAGACCUCUCAGCUUAAUGAGAAUUAUCACGUCGCUGUGGACAGAAGGUUGUCAGAUUUAAGCAUCAGCCCAUCAAAACCCAAACCCAAUGAUCCAAAUCCAGUUGAUGUAGAAUGUACAACAUGUGAGAUUUCUCCAGUCUCAUCUAGAAGAACAUCCAAUGGUGAGGAUAUAUUAGCCAUAUCCUCACAUGAAGAUGAGAAGCCUUCUAGUUUGGAGAGCAAUAGGGUCUCAGAAGUUUCAAGCAGCGAACUACAAACUCUCACGGUGAAAAUGAAUGCCAAAUUGUCACCCAGUUCAUCGCUAAAACACAAAGAUAAAUCUCUGGGCAAUGAGCUACAGGAAGAGUCACUCUCCAGGGACAUAUCUGACUUGAAAAAGGAAAUAUCCACCCUCAAAAUGUCCCUAAGUCAACAGGAGGAUAAAGUCUCGAUUAAUGAUCUCAAGUCAUUUUGGGAGAAAGAAAAAAGUGGCCUUAGAGUAAUUGUAGGCUCACCAACGUGUACAGCUAACGUUAAAGAUCCAUCCCCAGAGUCAUCUCCAAAACAUUCUUUAGUAGAACAUUCUGAACCUCAGUUUGACAUCAGAUCAAACAACCCAAGUUCCCCAGAGAGAAUGAGUUUCAAAGAGGCUGCUUUGACACAAAAAGAGAAGAUGAAACAGACAGAGGAAAAACAGAGAAGUCCAGUGCCAUUACAAGACCUUCAGGAUAUCAGAGGUAGGGUACCUUACACCACCCAGAAUAUUUAUAAUUUCAAACAGUCCAUUUCAGACAAACAUUCAAAGCCAAGUCCACCACCAUCUCCCCUCAGAAGUCUCCCUGCAAAAGGUCAACAUGAUAAGCCACAGUCCACUGACAUUUACCACCCAAAAGACCGAGAUCAAACCAGAACACCCAGCCCAUUACUGCAGUCUAAAGUACCUCUUAGAGAUUCAUAUCCAAACAAAGAAUCCAGGAAGGAUGGUUCUCCCUUAAGAACCUUUGCGAUAGAUAUCAAUCCUGCUGACAAGAGUCCAUGCAUUGUAAGGGUUAAACCAGGGCAAACCAGGCCAUGUACCUCUCCUGAACACCACAGGAAGACUUCAGAUGGAGGCAUUGAUGUAAGACCCAUCAUGCCCAAAGAACGAAAGUUGUCAGCAGACUCUCUGUCCCGGUUUUAUAUUCCCCUGAGUUUACACUAUUACCUGGGCAUACCUGAGCAGGCAGUCUUAGAUGAAAGAGAACAGGUUAAGGUGCAGGCAGGUGAAACUUUUGAACAGGUGAACCAAGGCAGAGUGAGCAAUGAGAGCUCCCCUUCUCGACACUCCCAGCCUGAAUCAGAGGAGAUCACCUUUGACUCCUCUGGGAGCUCCACACCUGAAGCCUGGUCAAUCUCACACGCCAGUUCAUACUGGGACAGUGAGGAUGACAGCCCUGUAAAAGCUGCCCUGGAGCGAGCCAAUGCCAGACCCAUCUCUAUUUCCAAGAGUUUAGAGGACCUGGCAUCCACACCUUUACAAGAGAGAUGGAAGACUGAUCCGAGGAGUGACAUUGGGCUGAGUAUGGAAAAUGUGUCUGCAGUCACUUCCAACACCAAAACGUCCUUCUCCGACCCAGAACAGGUGAAGAUGAUGAGUAUGUCUGUGCCUGCAUUCAUGCAACAAGAGAUGGCCUGCAGAAACAGUGACUGUGCCUCAGUGAGCAGUUUCCACUAUGACAGACUGAGAACAUGCAACACUCCUUCUAAUUUUAGCACUUGUUCUGAAGUGGCCUCCAUGUCCUCUGUCACUGGUAGUGUAAUGAGCAUCUACAGUAGUGAGUUUGGUAAUGUGGAGGUCAAAGGCACGAUCCAGUUUGCCAUUCACUACGUGCAAAAACUGGGAGAGUUCCACGUCUUUGUUGUGCAGUGCAAGGACCUCGCUGUGGCGGAUGUUAAAAGGAACCGAUCUGAUCCGUAUGUUAAAUGUUACUUGUUACCUGACAAAGCAAAAUAUGGAAAGAAAAAAACAUGUGUGAGGAAGAAGACUCUGGAUCCAGCUUACAACGAAAUCCUACGGUUUAAGAUUCCAAUGGAGAUGUUGAAAACCCAGAAGCUGAACACCUCUGUGUGGCACAAUGAUACGUUUGGGCGUAACAUGUUUCUUGGAGAGGUUGAGCUCGAUUUGGCCGAAUGGGAUUUCAGUAAUACUCAGAUGAAUGAAUAUUUACUCAAAGGAAGGGUUCAGGUUCCCACCAGCCCAAAAAAUUCUGUCGGCAGCGUGGAAAUGAGUGCAGAGAUUAAAGUCGCUCUGCGUUUUGUCCUACAGACUUCUCACAGUCACAAGAACAAGGGGAAUGGUGAGGUGCAAAUAUGGGUGAAAGAAUGCAAGAAUCUGCCUAUUACCAGAGGUGUUGCCAUUAACCCCUUCGUGAAAUGCGCAGUCCUCCCAGAUACAAGCCGAAAAAGCCGUCAGAAGACCAAAGUGUUGAAGACGGCAUCUAACCCAGUGUUUAACCACACCAUGGUGUAUGAUGGUUUCAGGCAAGAGGACCUCAAAGAGGCCUGUGUGGAGCUUACUGUGUGGGAUCACGACAGACUCAACAACCACUUCAUUGGGGGUAUUAGGCUGGGUCCUGGAACAGGAAAAAGUUAUGGCACUGAGGUGAACUGGAUGGACUCUAAUGUUGCUGAAGCAGCCCUGUGGGAGAGAAUGAUGCAAUUUCCGAAUGAAUGGGUGGAAGAUAUUUUACCUUUGAGAAUGAUGGUCAUGGCAAGAAUGUCUAGAUAGUAAGAAACUGAGGCAUGGUGACACUUUUGAACAAAUACAUGAAAAAUGAUUGUGAACAUGAAGAAUGCAUUAUAUAGGAAGACCGUAUGUAAUGUAGGAACUAACUUGAUGGUUUCUUGACAUUUCUGUUGAUGAAAACAAAGAGAAUGAAAAAUAUAAUAUGCCUAUUAUUGUAAAGUAAGUGGAUGUAAUGUCUUAAAAUAAAAAUGCCUGUUUAAAAAUCUUUCAGUUUGCUGCAAAUAAGAUCUUUUGUUAAUUGCCACGAAA